AUGUUGUCUGCGAUCAGGAGGGCUCUGGGGCAGUCUGCACCUUUCGCGGUGUCUCGUCGCUUGUCGACGCUGACAAGUGACCCGCUACUUGUCAAUCCACUUGUCCAGCAACUUGAGCAUGAUGCGGUUCCCCCUUCACAAGCAUUGAAUCAGGUCUUUGCAGCCAAUGCAGCAGGUCCUUCCCAAGCGUCACCAUUUGCCGAACCGGUGUACCUGACGAUGUCUUCACUAAUACGCCCCAAGGCAGACGAUCCGCCAGCGUCUGACAACGUCGUUGAACUGGAUCCCUCUGUUUUCGCACAUCCCAUCCGCCGAGACAUUCUCCAUCUUUGCGUGGUGCACCACCUGGACUCUCUGCGACAGGGAACGGCCAGCACGAAGACACGCGGUGAGGUGCGUGGAUCCGGUCGCAAAAUCCGGCCACAAAAGCACAGCGGUAGGGCACGUCUUGGGGACGGCCAGAGCCCUAUGCUUCGCGGAGGAGGAGUGGCGUUUGGCCCGAAGCCCCGGGACUUCGCUACAAAACUGAACAGGAAGGUCCUCCAGAUGGGCAUGCGCGUUGCGCUGAGUGCGCGGGUGAAGGAGAACUGUCUUGGUGUUGUGGAAAGCUUGGACUGGCCGGGUGCAAAGACUGGAGAGCUUGCUGAGAGGAUCGAUGAGCUCGGAUGGAGAAAGGCGCUAUUUGUGUCCGGUCUCAAGACAGUACCGGAAGGGUUGAAGAGGGCCAGCUGCAACAUCUACAAGGUCGAGACUAUCACAGCGGAGGAUGUGAGAGUAUAUGAUAUGGUGAAAUGGCCUAGGGUGAUCCUCGACCUCGCAGCGGUGGAGUGGUUUGAGCAGACACUCAGGAAACCGUCUGUCCCCCCUCGUUCCUACGAAUUGUAG